AUGGGAAAGGAAAGCGAGUUUAAAAAGCAUUUUGCGAUUUAUCGCCAAUCUCGUGAUUUUCUCGCGAGGCUCCGUGAUUUCAAGCAAUCUUUCGAUCCUGAAACACAGGUUGAGCAGGCGCUUGCUAGAAUUGAGGCAUUAGAUAGUACUUAUGAGCGUUUUCGUGAAUGCUCCUGCAUCUUAGCAGUACUCAUUGACGGAAAAUCAAUGGAAGGUUUGAACAUUGUAGAAGACUUGGCCGCCUUCGAAAAUGAUUAUUUUAUGCUUAAGGCAUUUCUAGCAUCUGUUUCCGCGAAACGCGAAACUGGAAAUGUACAACCGACCCAAGUGCAGUCAAUUCGUUCGUUCAAGUUACCAGAGAUCAAGCUCCCGGAGUUUAGCGGAGAUAUUCUAAAGUGGUUUUCAUUCUACGACAGUUUCGUAUCGUUAGUGCAUAAUAAUUGCGAUCUUUCGGAUAUACAGAAGUUUUUCUAUUUAAAGUCAACGUUAAAGGGUGAAGCGCUGAAGUUAGUGGAAAAGAUAUCAGUUACUGAUGGCAACUAUUCGAUUGCAUUGAAAGUCAUUACAGAUAGAUACCAGAACACGAAUAUUCUAAUACGAAAUCAUAUAGAAGCACUGUUCAAGGUAGAUAAGGUAAAAAAGGAAUGCCCUAGAGCAUUGAGCUAUCUGGUAGGUGAGUUCGAAAAUAACUUGGGAACUUUGGAGAAGUUAGGUGAAGAGGUGUCAGGAUGGAGUUCGUUGUUGGUUUAUAUGGUCUCGUCGCGACUGGACCAGACCACAUUUCGUGAGUGGCAGAGAGCUGCCGAGAAGAAACGGAUGCCGACGUAUAAUGAACUAAUUGCUUUUCUUCGGGAGUACGUUAUCGAACUUGAAAGCCUACAGGCAGAUAGGAAUACGCACGAUUCAAGAUCAUUUAUUCAAAAUUCAACACCCGCAAUCGCUUCUGAACCCAAGGAUGUAUGCGCCUUUUGUGGAAAGGGUCACCGACUAUAUUAUUGUGAACAGUUCAAGCACUUACCGUUAGCCCAACGAUCAACCAUUGUAUCGAAGGCUGGGCUUUGCGUCAAUUGUCUUUUUGGAAAGCAUUCAUUCGCCAAUUGCAAGUAUGGUACGUGUAAAGAAUGCGGGGCAAAACAUCACACGCUAUUACAUAAUCCGAUCACAGAUUCUCCAUCUUUUUCCGGUACUGGACCUGCGAUUUCAAACGUUGUUGUUCAGGCCAAGUCUGGAAGUCAUUCGUUCUUUACACGUGAUGCCGACAAAUUACACUCGGCGACGUCUCGUUUCGGCCAUUCUUUCGGCAGUCAAAUUUUUCUUGCUACUGCAGUCGUUAAAGUGUUUAAUCCUAAGGGAAAUUUGUUUCUCGCUCGGGUGUUGCUAGAUAGCGCUUCGCAACCGAAUCUUAUGACAGAAAGAUUCCGUCAACUUUUGAAAACGCGUAAGACACCAAAUAACACAGAGAUAGCUGGAAUUGGUGGUGAUGUUGCUGCUGUGGCUAGCUGUUCGACCGUGGCUACCGUGGCAUCCCGCUUUAAUAAUUUUCGUGUUCCGCUGGAGUUCAUCGUUAUGGAGAAGGUUACCAAUGAUUUGCCAUCAUGGACAGUCGAUUCGAGCGAUUGGGUCAUUCCAGACAAUAUUCGUCUAGCAGAUCCCUCUUUUGCUACAAAGGGUCCAAUUGAUAUCGUUAUUGGAGCGCAGUUGUUUUUUGAACUUAUUCGAAACGGUCAUAUGAAGAUCGGUGAUGAUAAGCCGUUGCUCCAAAAUUCGGUCUUUGGUUGGCUUGUAUCUGGUUUGCAUCAGAAUGGAAUAACUGGAGCACAACCUCAAGUUCAUAGUCAUUUGUCCACAUUUCGUGACUUAGAGCAACGCAUUAGUCGAUUUUGGGAACUCGAAGCGUGUCAAUCUAAUUCUUCUUGGUCGAUGGAGGAAAGGUUGUGCGAAGCAAAAUUUGUAUCCUCAACGCGUAGAGAUCAGAACGGACGAUAUGUUGUAUCAUUACCCAAGAAAACCGAGCUAGUUGGUCAGCUGGGACACUCAUUAUCCAUCGCCACGCGUCGCUUUUACUGUCUUGAGCGCCGUUUGAAUAGCAAUCCGGAAUUUCACGCACAAUAUUCGCAAUUCAUGACCGAAUACUUGGAAUUGGGUCACAUGAAGCUGGUCGAUCCAGUCGACAAUUUACCAGGGCAACACUUCUAUUUACCACAUCAUGCUGUUUUCAAGCCGGAUAGCACAACUACGAAGCUGCGAGUAGUAUUCGACGGUUCCUGCAAAACUACUUCUGGUUUUGGUCUCAACGACUUGUUGUUAAAGGGUCCUACUGUACAAGACGAUAUGAUUCAUACGAUUCUCCGUUUCCGUGCAAAGGCAAUUGUUGUUACAGCUGAUAUAGCAAAGAUGUAUCGUCAGAUCUGGAUUACAAAGGAAGAUUGGCCACUGCAAAGAAUUUUAUGGCGAACUUCACCAUCAGAGCCUAUUCGCACAUAUGAACUCACUACCGUUACGUACGGUACAACGACAGCUCCGUAUUUGGCAACACGUUGUCUCCAGCAACUGGCAGAUGAUGAAGCAACUAACUUUCCGUUAGCAGUGCCCGUCGUGAAGAAGGGUUUCUACGUAGAUGACCUAAUGUUCGGUUUUGAUACUCCAGAGGAAGCAGCAGCUGCAUCAAACGAAACGUCAAAGAUGUUGGCUUCGGCAGGUUUUGAACUUCGUAAAUGGUCUUCAAAUUGUCCAGAAGUAUUGGCACAAUUUCCCGACGAACACAUAGAAAAAUCAGCUAUCUUAGAGUUGGAUCGCACAGCUACAGUUAAGGCACUCGGAUUGCUAUGGAAACCAGAGUCCGAUGAAUUUCUUUUCAAAAUUCCAGAAUGGCCUGAAGUGUCUUCGUCGACUAAACGAAAUUUAUUAUCACACGUUUGUAGUCUAUUUGAUCCAUUGGGUUUGAUUUGUCCCGUUAUACUGCUUGCUAAGAUACUUAUACAAAGUCUCUGGGAGCGCAAUUUUGCCUGGGACGACCCUGUGCCGAAUGAUUUGGAUGAUAAAUGGAAAGAGAUAGCUCGACAACUGCCAAUGCUCAAACAUCUCGCGAUUCCUCGUUUCAUACUAACCGACAAGGUAGAAUCUGUGGAAUUACAUGGUUUUGCUGACGCUUCACAGAGAGCCUAUGGUGCUUGCGUUUACUUUCGGACACUAACAAGUUCUGGUGCGGUGAUAUCACGGUUAAUAGCUGCUAAAUCUAGAGUUUCACCCUUGGAAAAACGCCGACCGACGCUCGCUCGACUGGAGUUAUGCGCUGCGUUACUACUUGCAAACUUACAAAAAAGGAUCGUCGAUUGUGUACAAAUCCAAUGUCCGAUUUAUCUAUGGUCUGAUUCGACUCUUCAUUGGAUUUCUGGUCAGCCGUCGUCUUGGACUUGUUUUGUGGCUAAUCGUGUUGCAGAGAUCCAGCAAUUAACUGAAUCUGCCACUUGGCUUCAUAUUCCGACCGCAGAUAACCCCGCUGACUACAUUUCACGUGGUCUCACACCAGCAUCUAUAAUCGAGAAUGCACUUUGGUGGAACGGUCCCGAAUGGUUGGUGAAAUCUCAUGCAAAAUGGCCAGAGUCAGUGUUUUCAUGGAAAUCAAAACUUCCUCCGGAUCAUGAGCUUGAACGACGGAAGAUUCCAAUAAUAUCAGCCUUGUGUACCUCUCUUGGUGACGCAUGGAUUCGUGAAUAUCUAGCAGGCCACGAUUCGUUAUAUAAUGCACUCAGGAUUCUCGCGCUUUGCCGGCGUUUUAUGAUAAACUGCCGAUUGAAAAAACCUGAACGCAUCGUGGGUUUCAUUGCACCAUCAGAAGUUCGCUCCACAGAAACACAAAUUAUUCGGCAAAUUCAACUUGCAGAGUUCCGAAAGGACUUCGAUAGACUACGAACAAAAACUGCAAUUGAAAGGAAUUCAUCGCUUCGUUAUUUCAAGCCAAUAUUAAUGGAUACUGAGCAGCUCAUCAGGGUUGGUGGCCGACUCAAGAAUGCUCCUAUUCCGUUUGAGCGAAAACAUCCAAUUUUACUGCCGAAAAAUCAUCCAUUCACAGAACUUUUGUUUCAAGAUGUCCACGAACAAACACUCCAUUCUGGGCCUUCUCAUCUACUAGCAGCAGUUCAUCGUCGCUAUUGGCCUAUCGAUGGUCGUAACAAGUCUCGUAUUGUGGUUCAUAAAUGUAUCACAUGCUUUCGAAAUAAACCUACAUUUGCACAACAAGCAAUGGCUGAUCUUCCUGCAGUUCGCGUUACACCGACUCGUCCUUUCAGUAAUGUUGGCGUAGAUUUCUUGGGACCAGUUUUUAUCAAGCCUCCUCGCAAACAGAACCCCAUCAAGGCAUACAUUAGUGUUUUCGUCUGUAUGGUUACAAAAGCUGCUCAUUUAGAACUGGUUCUAAACCUUACCACUGAAGCCUUCAUCGCAGCACUUAGACGCUUUUGUGCCAGAAGAGGGUAUCCAUUGAACAUCUAUUGUGACAACGCUACCAACUUCAUCGGUGCCAACAGAGAACUUCAAGAGCUUCAACGGUUGUUCCAAUCUCAACAACACAAGCUUACCGUAGCAGGAGAGUCAACGCGAUUGGGGAUUACAUUUCAUUUCAUUCCUCCACGCUCGCCCUCAUUCGGAGGGUUAUGGGAAGCCAGCGUGAAGUCGACGAAGCACAUUCUAAACCGUGUAACUCUCGACGUACUCCUCACGCAAGAAGAAAUGUCCACAACGGUGGCACAAAUAGAAGCGUGUCUAAAUUCAAGACCGCUCACUCCUCUUUCAAACGAUCCUUCUGACCUUGAAGCUCUUACUCCUGGUCAUUUCCUUAUCGGUGCACCACUCCAGGCAUUACCUGAACCAGACCUUUGUACACUUCCUAUGAACCGUUUGUCCCGCUGGCAAUUAAUGCAACGAAUCCUACAAUCUUUCUGGUCCCGUUGGUACCUUGAAUAUCUUCCCGUGCUUCAAAAAAUCCAAAAAUGGCCAGGACCUCAUACGAAUCUCUCCGUCGGUGAUAUGGUUCUACUACAAGAAGAAAAUCAACCUCCUACUAAAUGGCCGAUUGCUCGAGUCGUGAAAACGAUAACUGGUGAUGAUAAUUGUGUGCGAGUUGCAGACGUGUUGAUGGGGGAUAAUAGAAUCUACCGCCGCUCGAUUCGAAAAAUGUGUCCGCUUCCACAAUUUGAUUCCCAUUCCCCCACAGACACACAGGUCGAGUGUAAGCCUUCCGCUCCCGAAUGCACUCAACACCUUACUACCGCUACAAUUCACGAUAUCAGUGAUUCCGGUCCAGCUGUUUUUAAACAAACGACUACGGUUUCUUCGAUAACUGAACCUGGAACUCAUGAGAAGCCAAGCUGCUCUGAGUGA